CUUCUUCAGUCUUUUUCCACCUCUCGGGACAAUGAUGUGGCGAAUGCGGCGUCGCUCCAAGACAAUCUGUUUGUCCUUGGCGCUCACUUCUAUUUUCCUGCACCUCCUUCUGGCGUUUGUCUCGCUAUCCGUGUACCAACAAACCUGUGAUCCCCCGCUGCCCACCAGGACACCAUUCCAGAAAAACCUAGCAAAUAAAAGCUACGCCUUCACUACCGUGUCACCAGGCGAUGGACCGCAAAGAGAUUCUUCCAGUGCCAAGAAUUCCAAAUUCCAAGGUGGAAGGAUUGUACCGGUCAAAGUGCCCCUUGUCGAGCCUCUUGGAUCCAGCCUGGCGAAGCUCAAGGCGCUGUUUGACCAUCGUCUUUACAAUGCGCCCGUGUCGCCCAUUCAAGAUGAGGAUUUGUUGCUGAAGGUCAAACCAAAGCUGGAGUCUGAAAGGAGCUCACAGAUGUGGUCAGUAGUCAGAUCGACGAGUGGGAGCCAGGAAGGUUAUGACAGUAUUCUCUGGAAUAGAAGCAACGACAGCCAUCCCCCCUGGCUGCGCUUUCACCUGGCCAUCUCCCGCUGGCAGCUCUACCCCCAUCCGGACCCCAACAUGGAUUCUGUGAUCCAACAGCUUUCGACUCACCGCAUCGUUAGCGCAGUGCAGAAAACCGGAGGUACGCAGCUGAAGCUGGUGAUGACAUUUCGAAACUAUGGGCAGGCCUUGUUCAAACCCAUGAAGCAGGAGAGAGAUGAUGAAACCAACUACAACCUUUACUACUUCUCCGACUUUGAACGACACAAUGCAGAAAUCGGAGCCUUUCACCUCGACAGGUAUGACGUCACUCGUGUAUAA